CUUACUCGAGUGACGCAGCGUUUGUAACCGUCUUCGUACAAAUCUUGGCCAUCUCCUUGGAUCCUUGGAGCGUCAGGGACUCGACGCUUAAACGUCUGAUCAGCUCAGAAUUUAGGGUUUGUUCAUCCUGGGAAUGAAGAAAAAUGUCUCGCCAAAUGACGACCUCCGCUUUUCACAACUCCAAAACCCUCGACAAUAAAUAUAUGCUUGGAGAUGAGAUAGGGAAAGGUGCUUAUGGAAGAGUAUACAAGGGUUUGGAUUUGCAAAAUGGGGACUUUGUUGCAAUCAAGCAAGUCUCUCUCUCGAACAUUGCUCAGGAGGACUUAAACACUAUUAUGCAAGAGAUUGAUUUGCUCAAGAAUUUAAAUCACAAAAAUAUUGUGAAAUAUCUUGGAUCUUUGAAGACAAAGACUCAUCUUCAUAUAAUUCUUGAGUACGUGGAGAAUGGGUCACUAGCUAAUAUUAUCAAGCCAAAUAAAUUUGGCCCUUUUCCGGAGUCCUUGGUGGCCGUAUACAUAGCUCAGGUACUUGAAGGUCUGGUGUAUCUACACGAACAAGGUGUUAUUCAUCGAGAUAUCAAAGGGGCAAAUAUUUUGACUACAAAAGAAGGACUUGUGAAACUUGCAGAUUUCGGGGUUGCAACAAAACUAACUGAGGCAGAUGUGAAUACACAUUCAGUUGUUGGAACACCGUACUGGAUGGCCCCUGAGGUAUUGCUUAGGGAAAUGGUUCACAUUGCUAUUGAUGGCAUGUGGCAGAUUUUCAAGCUUCAGAGGUCCACCUCCAGAAAUGACUUUUGUCGUAUUGCUGCCAAGAAUGGGAUAUUACUUAGACUUAUCAAUACUCUUUAUAGCUUGAAUGAGGCAACUCGUCUGGCUUCCAUAGCUAGUGGAUCUGGGUUUCCUGCAGAUGGUCUAGCACCACGACCACGAUCUGGUCCUCUUGAUUCCAGCAGCCCCUCCUUUGUGCAGACAGAUACACCAUUUUAUGGAAUUGACCAGCCCGAUCAUCUUAAAAUAAAACAAGGAGACCAUGUAUCACUACCAGGGGUGCAAGAACCUUCACAAACAUCAGUCUCACAUUCUCCUGAUUCACGAUUCUUUGCUCCAGAUGCUGAUAGACCUCAGUCAAGUAUGGUUAAUGUGGAGGCUUCUGGUACUUCAAAAUUACUGGAUCCUGCAGGUUUGGACAAAGGAACCAAUGCUGCAUCAAAGAGAGAGUCUCGAGCUGAUGUUGAACUGAAACAGCAAAGAGGUUCAAAUGCAGGAAGUAUAGCAUCGUCAGAUAGGCCCCCUAAAUUUGUGGAAGGGGCAUCAAAUGGAUUUUCUUCUGCUACUCAGCAAGAAAAUGUUCGACCCCUUCUCAGUUUGUUGGAUAAGGAACCUCCAUCGCGCCAUUUCUCUGGUCAGCUUGAGUAUGUACGUCAUCUUACUGGGUUGGAGAAACCUGAAACUAUACUACCACUUUUACAUGCAUCAGGUGACAAGAAAACAAAUGGGCUGGACUUUUUGAUGGCUGAAUUUGCAGAGGUAUCUGGACGAGGGAGGGAAAACUCUAAUAUGGACUCAUUACCUAGAACUUCACCGAAAACAACAAACAUGAAGUUAGGAUCCCUGACAUCUAAUGGAGGAAUUGCUUCCACAUCUGGACUUGCAUCUCAGACUGCAUCAGGUGUGCUGUCUGGUUCUGGAGUUUUAAAUGCUAGGCCAGGAAGUGCAACUUCAUCUGGGUUACUUUCCCACAUGGUAUCAUCUUGGAAUGUUGAUGUUGCUCGGGAAUAUUUGGAAAAGUUGGCAGACCUUCUACUUGAGUUUGCUGCAGCUGACACAACUGUAAAAUCUUACAUGUGUAGCCAAAGUUUACUUACUCGUCUUUUCCAGAUGUUCAAUAAGAUAGAGCCUCCAAUUCUUUUAAAGUUGUUGAAGUGUCUUCAUCAUCUGUCCACUGAUCCUCAUUGCUUAGAAAAUCUUCAACGAGCGGAUGCAAUAAAGUAUUUGAUCCCUAACCUCGAUCUCAAAGAGGGUGCCCUCGUAUCCCAAAUACAUCAUGAGGUUCUCCAUGCACUAUUCAAUUUGUGCAAGAUUAACAAGCGGAGACAGGAACAAGCAGCAGAAAAUGGAAUUAUUCCACACUUGAUGCAAUUUAUCAUGUCAGAUUCUCCAUUAAAACAAUAUGCACUACCUCUGCUAUGUGAUAUGGCCCAUGCAUCACGUAAUUCAAGGGAGCAAUUAAGGGCUCAUGGAGGUCUGGAUGUGUACCUGAGCCUUCUUGAAGAUGAGUUUUGGUCCGGGACGGCGUUAGAUUCAAUAGCUGUGUGCUUGGCACAUGACAAUGAGAACAAAAAAGUAGAGCAAGCUUUGUUGAAAAAGGAUGCCAUACAGAAACUGGUUAAGUUCUUCCAGUGCUGUCCAGAGCAGCACUUCUUGCACAUACUGGAGCCUUUCUUGAAAAUUAUAACGUAUGUGGUUUUGUUAAUUCCCUUCGAUCGAAAAUACUCAUAUGACUUAGACAUAAUCAGCUUGCCCUUGGUACUUCACUCCGCCAAUCGCUAG